AUGAAUUCCUGGAAACUUAAAGAUUCAAGUAAAGGCCACGAAGGCCUUGUUUCAGAUGAUAACUUUCAGAAUUCAGUUAUUUUUCAUUAUCCUUGCUCUUCCAAUUAUGAUUGCACAUACUAUCAUUCAGAAUUACCUCCAGGCAUAUACAAAUUUGAAGUUUGGGGAGCUGAUGGCGGCGACGGAAUGUACCAUAGCACCUAUACAAAGCGCCCUGGAAAGGGUGGUUAUUCAGUUGGAGCAUUUUUCAUUAAUAAGACUACAAAUGUAUAUGUGUUCGUAGGCGGAAAAGGUGAAAAUGGACUUCAUCCAUCUACUAGAGACGCCAAAGGCGGAUAUAACGGCGGUGGUGAUGCACCAAGCGAUAAAGUAGGAAGUAAUAAUGAUUCAGGUGGUGCUGGCGGCGGUGCCACCGAUAUCAGGAUUGGAGAUGUUGACUUAGACAGCAGAGUCAUAGUUGCUGGAGGAGCUGGUGGUACAGGAUUUGAUACCAGCUAUGUAAAUAUCGAGAUUACCCCCUUUGGUGGGGGUUUGACUUCAUCUUUACCAAGAUCCAGCGGAGGUACCGGAGUUGCUGCCUCCCAAACAACCGGAUAUCAAAAAGGAAACGGUCAAAAAGGUAUUAUAGGAAGUUUAGGAACUACAACUUCGGGAGGCGGUGGUGGCGGUUAUUUCGGCGGCAAUGCGAUUGCAGAAUCAUAUGGAGGUCAAGCCGGAGGUGGUUCUAGCUAUAUUGAUGGAGUAUUUUCAUAUGGAGACAUUGUAAAAAACGCCACCAAUGGAGAAUCAGAAAUGCCACUUCUAAAUGGCGUCGGUAAAGGAAACAGCUGA